GCUUUGUCAUCUGUCAUUUUCUAAUGAAACUUCGUCGAGUCGAGGCGUACUUUUUUGUUCACAUUUUAUUUCAUGGAGAAGCUUGUUGAAAUAAAAUACUACAAGAUUUUAGUAAAACAUUUACUAAGUUUUCCAUAUAACAAUAUAAUUUAUUAGUAAGUAUAUGGAUUCUCGCGAUGGAGAUUGAUGAAACUGAACAUGUCGGCUCCAACGGCGACGUUUUCGUCCAUCGGUUGAAAAAGCUAACUGACGAAGAAAAGCAACGCCUGGAAAGCCAGAACCUCAGGCUAAUUCCCGAAGCGAAGGCUGCUAAACUGGAACGUGAUGCGAAACGUCACUGGGACAUAUUCUACAAGCGGAACGAGACGAAAUUCUUUCGUGACCGGCAUUGGACCACGCGUGAGUUUCAGGAGCUCAUUAACUUCGACCCGGAACAGAGAAUCGUUUAUUUGGAGCUUGGUUGUGGCGUUGGAAAUAUGAUAUUUCCGUUAGUCCAGGAAGGAUUCUCGAAUUUUCAUUUCUACGCGUGUGAUUUUUCCCCACGUGCAGUGGAUUUUGUGAAGGCAAAUCCUUUGUUUGACGCUAGUAGAAUGAAGGCGUUUUGCGCUGAUCUGACGACGGAGGAUUUGUUUGAGAACGUGGAAGAGAACAGUGUGGAUAUAGCUAGCUUGAUAUUCGUGUUGUCGGCUAUACAGCCUUUGGCGUGGCCGCAAGUCGCUAUAGUAGCGUUCAAGGCGCUUCGUCCGGGCGGCGUGCUUUUGUUCAGAGAUUACGGCAGGUAUGACAUGGCGCAGUUGCGCUUUAAACCUGGCCAUAAGAUUGCAGACAACUUCUACAUGAGGCAAGAUGGUACAAGGAGUUAUUACUUUACUGAAGAAGAACUGAUGAACCUGUUUAGAGAAGCUGGAUUUGAAAUACUCAUGAACACGUAUGUGCAACGUCGCACUGUAAAUUUCAAGGAAGGCAUUGAUGUGCCCCGCAUAUUUGUUCAAGGAAAAUACAGAAAACCUGUAGGCUGAAUGAGAAGAAAAUCUUCAGAAUGCUGGAUUUCAGAUUAUGGUAUUUUUUCCGCUCCACUGUAUCAGUAACGGAAUGGACAGGAAUCUUCAGGCUUCUUCCACAGAAAUGUUCACAAGCCAACAAACAGUCUACUCAGCAAAAUGCUUGCAACUGCUGCUAGGUAAAUAUUUUAAUCAUUAUUUCUUUCAUACGGUA